AUGUCCUCAUCACCAAACGAGUCAAAGGCUCUGUGUGACUACCUCGGGAUAGAGGAGGAGGUGGACUACGGUAGCAAUACCAGUGUCCGCGGUGCGAGCGCGCCACCAGCGCAGUAUGCAGCGUCUGGGUCUGAUGAGACUAUCAUCACGAACCCGCUCGAUAUGCAACAACAACUGCUUGUUCAAAGAGAAGAAAAGGCUCAGCGUCAUGUACAAAUGGCUACAACCCUUGAACGCCAGCGUGACUAUGUGUUCACCCCACCCAGUGUGGAGGAACGUCUACGUCAAGCGGCCGGCCAAACAUUGGCAACGUGGGUCAUUGGCCAUGGGCCUUAG